AUGCCGGGAUAUGUGACGCUGGGACACGCGAUACUGGGAUACACGAUGCCAGGACGCACGACGCUGGGAUACGCAAUCCCGGGACAUGCGAUGCCGGGAUACACGAUGCUGGGAUACGCGAUGCCGGGACGAAUCCCGCGGCCACCGCACCCCUCCGAACUGCCCCCCUAUUACCCGCUGUCGCCGGGGGCCGUGGGCCAGAUCCCGCACCCGCUGGGCUGGCUCGUGCCACAGCAAGGGCAGCCCGUGUACUCCAUCCCUCCCGGUGGCUUUCGGCACCCCUACCCCGCCCUCGCCAUGAACGCCUCCAUGUCCAGUUUGAUGUCCAGCCGUUUCUCCCCACACAUGGUCCCGCCACCCACCCACGGGCUGCACCCCUCCGGCAUCCCACACCCGACCAUCGUCUCGCCCAUCGUGAAGCAGGAACCCACCCAGCCCAGCGUCAGCCCUGGAGGCAACUCGAAAUCCCCCGUCACUGUGAAGAAGGAGGAGGAGAAGAAGCCCCACAUCAAGAAGCCGCUCAACGCCUUCAUGUUGUACAUGAAGGAGAUGAGGGCCAAGGUGGUGGCUGAAUGCACGCUGAAGGAGAGCGCUGCCAUCAACCAGAUCCUGGGCAGACGGUGGCACUCGCUCUCGCGGGAGGAGCAGGCGAAGUACUACGAGCUGGCGCGGAAGGAGCGGCAGCUGCACUCGCAGCUCUACCCGACGUGGUCAGCGCGGGACAACUACGUGAGCCGAGAUGGUGCACAGAGCCACCGGGGAAGCCUUUUUAGCAAGCUGGAGCAGGAGCAGACGUCCGCCCACGGGUAG